AUGACGGACGAAAGUGGACAAGUUAACCCCUCUAACAAUUCGAAAAAUGACAGGGCGCGGAUAGUAUGCCGCACCCUCGUCGAACAAGCAGCCCAAGCCAGCGCCCAGGCCCUCUUCCUCCCCGAAGCAAGCGACUACAUCGCGGGCUCCGCAGCCGAAAGCAUCCGCCUAGCCCAGCCCGUCGAGCAGAGCGAGUUUGUGUUGGGCCUGCAGGACGAGGCGCACCGUUGGCAGCUGCCCAUCCAUGUCGGCGUGCACGAGCCCACCCUAGACGGCCACAAGCUCAAGAACACUGUCCUGUGGAUAGACGAGCGCGGCGAGAUUGCGCAUCGGUACCAGAAGAUUCAUCUGUUUGAUGUGGAUAUCGGGGGAGGGCCGGUGUUGAAGGAGAGCGAGUCCGUCGAGAAGGGAAUGCGGAUUGAGACACCGUUCGAUACGCCGGUUGGGAGGGUUGGGUCGACGAUAUGUUUCGAUCUGCGCUUCCCCGAGAUUAGCCUCGCCUUGCGGCGUCUUGGUGCCGACAUCAUCACCUACCCCUCCGCCUUUACCUCUUACGUCAUUGCUCCCGCCCAGGUCGGCAACCAUAACGAGAAACGGGUAAGCUACGGCCACAGCAUGAUUGUCGACCCGUGGGGGACAGUAUUAGUCGACCUUGGGGACGCCAGUGAUGGGCCCAAGAUCGGUACUGCUGUGAUCGACCAUGACCUGCUGCGGAAGGUCAGGAUGGAGGUGCCGUUGCGUAGGCGGACAGACGUCUACCCGGAAGUUUAA